AUGGCCUUCAGGAGACGGAUCUUUAUUGUCAUUAUUGCAUUGGCGCUAGCCUGUUUCAACCUACUCACUUUGUUCAAAUGCAUUGGAAUCUGCUCAGUCUGUCUGAAGGACGUGUCUGUUUUCCAGACAAACAAAGGUUUUGUGAAAGUGCCGGAUAUGGAUUGCAGAAAGAACCCGCCCUUCCUGAUAAUACUUGUAACAUCUCAUCCUAACCAAAUUAAAACCCGGAUGGCUAUUCGGGAGACGUGGGGCAAGGAAAGAGUAGUCACUGACAAACGCAUUGUGGCUUUUUUUCUUUUAGGAAGUACUUUGCUUCCCUAUAACAGGGAUGUUAUGAUGGAAAGUUUAGUAUACAAAGACAUCAUCCAAAAGGAUUUUUGGGAUACUUAUUAUAAUUUAACUUUAAAGACUUUGAUGGGCCUAGAAUGGGUUCACAAAUUCUGUCCACAAUCUAGUUUUGUCAUGAAAACUGACUCCGAUAUGUUUGUCAAUCCCGUUUAUUUGACAGAACUGCUUUUGAAAAGAAACAGAACCACCAGGUUCUUUACAGGCGCUUUAAUAAUGCAAGCUCGUCCAGUAAGGAACCCAAAGAGUAGGUGGUAUGUGAGUAAAGAGGAGUUUCCAUGGAACAACUACCCUCCCUAUUCUUCAGGAGCUGGUUUUGUUUUCUCCACCGACGUCGCUAGUCGUAUGUACACAGUUUCUAAAAAUAUCCCUUUUUUUAAACUGGAGGGCAUAUUUGUAGGUCUAUGUCUUUCUCAUCUCAAAAUCAAACCGGAAGCACUUCAUUCAGAGCCAGUAUUUUUUGUAGACCGGAUUGAAUUCUCUCCAUGUCGCUACAGGAAACUUGUCACAAGCCAUUUUGUCACACAUACUGAGAUGAUGGUGUUCUGGAAUGGACUGGAGAAGUCCUUCGAUGAAAAAUGUCCAAGUGGUCAUCCCUAA